GAAACUGCCGGAAGGAGAAAGCAGAGGGGGUGGGGGGAAGGAAGAGGAGAGAGUUGAAGGAGAAAGAAGAGGUGGAAGGGGAGAGAGAGAGCAGGAAAGAAAGAGAACGGAGGGUUGGGAGGUACUUGAAGGAGGUGAGAAAGAGGGAGAUAGAAGGUGAAGAGAAGGCCUCAGGAGAGAGAACCAAGAGUGGGAAAUGUGGAGGGGAAACAGCCCAGGGGGUAACCCGGGAGCAGCCACAGACGGAACCGGUGGCGAACUGGGAGGACAGGGGAACUGGGGUCUGGAAGAUGCCCCAGGCCUCCUGGUCAGGGCCUCCCUGCCCAUCAUGCCUGCGUGGCCAUCGCCCUUGGCCUCCUCAGCCCUCACCCUGCUCCUUGGAGCCCUCACUUCCCUUUUCCUCUGGUACUGUUACCGCCUCGGCUCCCAAGACAUGCAGGCUCUCGGGGCUGGGAGUCGGGCUGGGAGCGUCAGUGGGGGGCCUAGGGGAUGCUCUGAGACUGGCAGGCCAAGCCCAGGGGGCUCUGGGGAGCCUGGGGAAGGACCCAGGGCAGAAGGCCUAGUGAGCCGUCGCCUCCGGGCCUACGCCAGGCGCUACUCCUGGGCGGGCAUGGGUAGGGUGAGGCGGGCAGCUCAAGGUGGCCCAGGCCCUGGGGGAGGGCCGGGGGUCCUGGGCAUUCAGCGCCCAGGCCUGCUUUUUUUGCCAGACCUGCCCUCAGCCCCCUUUGUGCCACGGGAUGCCCAGCGGCAUGACGUGGAGCUCCUGGAGAGCAGCUUCCCUGCCAUUUUGCGGGACUUCGGGGCUGUGAGCUGGGACUUCUCAGGGACUACUCCUCUGCCUCGGGGCUGGUCCCCGCCCCUGGCCCCUGGGUGCUACCAGCUCCUGCUGUACCAAGCAGGCCGGUGCCAACCCAGCAACUGCCGCCGGUGUCCGGGGGCCUAUCGGGCACUGAGGGGGCUGCGGAGCUUUAUGAGUGCCAACACCUUCGGCAAUGCUGGCUUUUCUGUCCUCCUGCCUGGGGCUCGGCUUGAGGGUCGCUGUGGGCCCACCAAUGCCCGGGUCAGAUGCCAUCUGGGCCUGAAGAUUCCUCCCGGCUGUGAGCUGGUGGUCGGGGGCGAGCCCCAGUGCUGGGCUGAGGGACACUGUCUACUGGUGGACGACUCCUUCCUGCAUACAGUGGCUCAUAAUGGCUCCCCUGAAGACGGGCCUCGGGUGGUCUUCAUCGUGGACCUUUGGCACCCCAACGUGGCCGGGGCCGAGCGCCAGGCCCUUGACUUUGUCUUCGCGCCAGACCCUUGAAGGAAGGGGCUCCCUUCAGACACCUGGGCUGGAGAGGUGCUGCACUACUCAGGGAUGGCUUGAGUGGUAGCCAGGACCUCCUCUCCGCUGCAGGGGGUGGGGUGGGGCUGCGGGUGGGAACUGGCCAGCCUACACUGAAAUACAGAUUUUAAGUCCUCUCCUAA